AUGGUCUUGGUGGACGAGGAGACGGUGCGAGAAGGACGACGGGUGACGGCGACACUCUUGGCUGCGUUCCGUUAUGGCCGCGAAGAUUUGGAUGUGUUGGGAUUAACGUUUCGAAAGGACUUGAUAUCGCAGCAGUACCAGGUUUAUCCUCCAAAUCCAUCACAAACGACGCGACCGCUCACACGUCUGCAAGAACGAUUGAAAAGGAAACUUGGCGAUUUGGCGUUCCCGUUUUGGUUUGAAGUGCCCCCUCGCAGUGCUAGUAGUGUUACUCUCCAGCUUAUCCAUUCGAAAAGCGUUGAACGUUCAGCGCUCAUUCUUUUUUCUGAUAUCUUUGUUUCGGGUAGCAGUGUACGACUGGCAAUUCGAAAAUUAACAUAUGCUCCAUGGGAAGCAAGGCCUCAGCCGACAGCUGAUGUUAGCAAAGAUUUCAUGAUGAGCGCUGGUUUACUUCAUAUGGAAGCUUCGCUGGAUAAGGAGAUGUACUAUCAUGGUGAAUCUAUCGCGGUUAAUGUGCAUUUACAAAACAAUAGUAAUAAGUCGGUGAAGAAAUUGAAGGUGAGUGUUGUUCAAAUCGCAGACAUUUGCCUUUUCACAACCGCCUCCUACACUUGUGAAGUGGCACGGGUUGAGAGCGCUGAGGGAUUUCCGGUUGGACCUGGCGCAACGCUUUCAAAAGUGUAUUCGGUCUGUCCAUUAUUGCGUAACAAUAAGGAUAAACGAGGUUUAGCUUUGGAUGGACAACUGAAACACGAAGAUACAAAUCUUGCCUCAAGUACGAUAAUGCAGCCAUCAACGACAAAGGAAAGCCUUGGCAUUGUUGUUGCCU